AUGGCUCCUCAGACCGCUACAUCCAGCAUCGCCAUGGCCUUGGCUGGCAAGACCGCCUCUGUUGAUAUUCCCAAGCCCCGUUCUGGCUUUUCCUCCGCUGGACGUGGCUCGCUUCGUCCAGGCCAUCCUGCCAUGCUGCCCACGCCCCCCAACUCCAUUUCUCCGACUCUCCCUCCGCAGACUUUCAAGCAACGAGCGGUUGCCCUUCCAGGGUCUCCUCCGCUCGCCACAUCGCAUGAGGAGUCUGACCUUGACUUGGGCGAUGCCAUUGGUGGCCAGACCCAGUCGGCCAUUGCGGCGCACGGCUUGGAUACUGUCGGCGAGAUUACACCGGGCAUGCUGGCCAAGUAUCACCUGCCAGAGAUCAUGCUCAACCAGGGUCCUCUGGCCAUCCGUCAUGUUAUGGCGUACCUGACCACUUCGGUGCCCGGUUUCUCGCGCAUCCCCCCUGCUAAGGCGCGUAGAAUCGUCGUGGCAGCGCUCGAGGGGCGCGGAAACGACAGUGGCGGACAGGAUGGCGAUGUCAUCUUCGAGAAAGUCGGAUGGGGUCGCUGGGAUGCGCGACGUCGUGGCGAGCCGUUGCGAAGCGCCUCGCAUCUGGCUGUCUCGCCCCCUGCCAGCUUCUCGAAUUCUUUCUCUCAACGAGGCAUGAUGAUUCCGACGAGACGAGAUUCUCACCCUUACGGAAGCAGCAUGACUGGCGAUUCUGCUGUGUUCUCGUAUACGGAGCGGGAGUAUGGCGGACAUGGUGAUCUCAGCAUGCUGGAACACGAAGCAGACAAGAUGUCCCUCGACGGGGAGGAGCGUGAAUAUUGUUCCUCCUCGGAGGCUCCUGAUGAUGAGAUUCCGGAUGGGGAUUGGAAUGAGGAAGACAUCACCGACGAGGAAGACUGGGCACAGAUAGGUGCCGCAGCACUCCGCGCGCGGUCUUUGAAUGGGACCGGAGGCUUUGUGAAUGGACCGUCGCCUCUCUUGCGAGGUGGCGGGCCUGCUCCUUCCUCGCUGGCGAAAUCCGCACCACGGCACAUCCCCAUUCAACAGCUCGGGUUUUCUGUGCCUGAUGGUAUGGUCGGCGAUAGAGAGGAACGUGCCGCAGUCGAAGCAUUGUUACGACUUGGAUCUCGAUGA